AUGUCCGCAACCCAUAUCCCGGUCUACCGGGGUUCUGGAGUCGGAUUAGUACGUCCCGCUGUUCAUGCUCCUGCUAUCCAUGGGGAAUCUGGGUUGGAAGGAACAAAUCUUUUACCGAUACCUGCGAAAGGACCUGUUGAUGAGUCGGCUAUCGAUGCAAUGGCUAAAGCAUUAUUAGCUACGCCACCCGGCUCGGCAUGGGUAGUUGCUACGGGUGCGUUGACGAAUAUUGCCUUAUGCUUUCAAAAAUUUGAGGCAUUAGCUUCGCAUAUCAAGGGAUUAAGUAUCAUGGGUGGCUCCGUCGGAAACGAUUUCACAAACGCAGUUUUAGGGCGAGUAGACCACAAAGAACGGAUAGGAAAUUGGAGUAUCUGGGCCGAAUUCAACAUCUUAGUUGAUCCCGAAGCUGCGGCAUUCAUAUUCGAACACGAGGUUUUAAAGAAGAAGGCUGUGCUUAUUCCACUGGAUAUUACGCAUCAGGUAUUGGCCACAAAGGAGGUGCAGGAGAUGUUGAAGUGUGGAAAGGAUGGGGGAGAGAAGAGUACGCUGAGGACGAUGUUGGUGGAGUUGCUUAUGUUUUUUGCAGCUACUUAUGAUAGGGUUUUUGGGAUGAGUGAUGGGCCGCCUUUGCAUGAUCCGCUUGCCGUAGCGGUUAUUAUGGAUGGAAUUUUGGGUGCCGAGAUUCCUUUCUAUGAUUUUGAGGAGGGAGGCAAGAGGGAGAGAUUCGAGGUUAAGGUAGAACUAUUGUCAAACUACUCCCUGAAGGGGAGGAGGGUGUUAAGAUUCCAAGAAGCUUGGAUAUUAAGAGAUUUUGGGACGUAG